AUGGUGUCGGCAAACAAGGAAAUGGUGGUGUAUUGCUUCGAUACGCUGGUGGCUCACUUCAACGGCGAACAAGUUCCCCCUCCUGCUUUCGAUGAGGGUCAACACCCAUUGUUUGUGACUUGGAAGAAAGCUGUGAAUGGUGGGGAACCUCGCCUACGUGGAUGCAUAGGAACCCUGGAAGCUCGCUGCAUAAUAAAUGGCUUCAAGGAUUAUUCACUAACCAGUGCUCUGAGGGAUCGGCGAUUUCCACCAAUACAGUCUAAAGAAUUACCAUUCUUGCAAUGUACAGUUUCCAUUCUUACUAAUUAUGAAAACGCUGCUAACUAUCUCGAUUGGGAGGUUGGAAAGCAUGGAAUUAUUAUAGAAUUCACUGACCCUGAUUAUAAUACAAGGCGAAGUGCCACAUACCUACCUGACGUGGCUGCUCAAGAAGGUUGGACAAAGAUAGAAGCGAUUGAUUCACUGAUGCGUAAAGCUGGUUAUAAUGGCACCAUAACUGAGUCUGUGAGGAAACGUAUCGAGUUGACUCGUUACCAAAGCACGUUAUUUACAAUGCAUUAUGGGGAGUAUGUGAGCUAUGUGAAGACAACUCGAGGGUAA